AAUAAAGAGAAUAUAUGUAUUAAUGAGAUGAUCUAUGUAGACUAGAUGUUAGUUAUAUGUUGAUUGAAUUAGAUUGAUUAAUUUUCCAUGGGUUAUUCAAAUCUUCAGAUACAGAUAUUCCUAAGCUAUGAUCAGAGUAUUAAAUCACACGGCACUUCCUAUAUUAAAUAAUAUUGAUUAGGUUAAGCUCAUCAUCUAAGAAUAACCCAUAGAAAUUCUCUUUAAUUCACUUACAAUUCGAAUCUUUACUUAAUCGAUUAUGAAGCGGAUUCUGAUCAGAAAAAGAAAAGAAAAUUUUUCUUUUAUAGUGAAAAUUCAAAAAAAUGUUGAUUACCCUAUUAAGAAAUAACAUAUUAUUUUGAUCUAUAUUAGGGCAUUUUCUUCAUUCAAAAUAUAAUAGUCAAAUGGAUUAAUUUGUUUUAUUGUUAUGAAGUUUCAUUAUGAUUCCCAUUUCCACACUGAGUCCCAUAUAAACAGCAUCAAAUUCAAUACAGAGCAAUAUCUUUUCUAUACCCAAAAAAACACCAUCCAAUUAACAUCACCUUCAAUUAAUACCCAAUUAGUCUAUUCAGGUCAUAAUAACUCUAUAAACUCAAUAGAUAUCUUGGAUGAUCAAUUAUUAUCAUGUUCUUCGAAUAUCCAAAUACACAACCUAUUACAAAAUGAAGCACCAAUAAGGAAAUUUUAUAAAGAUGACCCAUUCAAGAUCAAUCAAGUCAUAUUUUUAAAUAAUUCAUUAAUAUCAAGUGUUGAUGAUAAUAAAUCAUUGAAAAUAUUUGAUUUAAAACAAUCAACUACAUUCAAACCUAUCCAAACUUAUUCCAACCCCAAGGAUUCAAUAAAUUGUGUUUGUUAUGAUGAUGAUGGGUUUUUACUAAUAUGUGGUUCAAAUGAUGGGAAUUUAUAUACUUAUGAUUUAAGAAUGGGAUUAUUAUACAUUGAUCAAUUCCAAACUCCCAUAACUUCAAUCAAAGCACGGAAUGGUGGUGUUUUAAUAAAUUGUUUAAAUCAAGGAUUGAUCAAGUUUGAUAUAAAGAGUAAACAAAAGGUUGAGUUUGGAGGGAUUGAUAGAUCUAAUGAUGAAGAUUAUAAAUAUGAUAAUGCAAUACUAGAGAUUGAUGAUGGGUAUUGUUAUGUUACAGGGAGUAGGCAUAAAUUAUAUGGGUUUGGUGGGUUGAAUGAUGUUGUUGAGAUGAAGGGAUCAGUUUUGAGUAGUAUUGAUCAUUGUGAUGGUUGUUUGGUUAUAGGGAGUGAUUAUGGAGUAGAGAAGGUGAGGGUGAAUGACUGA